AUGUCUCAAGAAGAAAUACCAAAAUCACAAACAAGUGCCUGGUCAGCACCACCGAAAUCACCUUGGGGUCAGCCAACUCCAGUUAUACCAUGUUCAUUGAGUGACGUCAUGUCCGAACAACUAGCCAGUAAAAUACAGUCAGACCAAGAAUUAAAAUUAGCUAAAAAAUUAGAAAAAGUGGCACCUAAAGAACCUCAACCUGCUCAAGCAAGUCCAGAGACAGUAGAUGAUUUAAAAAUAGCUCAGAUGUUACAGCUACAGUUUGAUAAAGAACAGAAUGAAAUGUUGGCUCGGGAAGCGAAGAAAUUUAACGGAGAAAGCAAAGUAUCAAUAUCAUUUGAUAAUUAUAAAGCCAGACAGCCUGUAGAACCUGUAGAUGAUGAGUAUAUAGAUGACAGUCCAGAUGAGGAGGUUUACGAACCUAAAUCAGGAUUCAUAGAUGAUGAUGGAGUUGUUAAAUCUAAACAUGAUGCUGAAUUAUGUGGUCGUAAAAAUGCUGAGAAAAUUAUGAAGUUUCAUCCAGAAUUUUUGUCGGGAGAUGCUGAGAAGAUGAAUUUAGUUUUACCCAAUCAUAUUUACAAUAAAUUACGUCAUUUUUCACAAACGGGUAGUAAACAGUACAACAGAGUUCACGAGAAAGCAGAAAAAGCUACAGCAGAUCAAGUAGUGGAUCCCCGAACUAGAAUUCUCUUGUUUAAACUAGUCAAUUCUGGAGUACUGGACUCUGUCACUGGUUCUAUCAGUGCUGGAAAGGAAGCUGCUGUUUUUCACGCCUUUGGUGGAGUAUUUGAAGGAAAAGAAAUGCCAAAAGAAUGUGCUAUAAAAAUCUUUAAAACCAGUUUAAAUGAGUUUAAAAAUCGUCAACAAUAUAUCGUGGGAGAUCACAGGUUUUUACGAGAUGAUUUUAAAAAGCUAAACCCUAGAAAAAUCCUCAGAAUUUGGGCCGAGAAAGAAGUGGCCAAUCUCAACAGAAUGAGAAAAUUUGACAUGCCGUGUCCGACAGUAGUGGCUAUCAAGAAACAUCUGUUAGUUAUGAGUUUUAUAGGAAACAACACCCAUCCUGCCCCUAAAUUAAAGGAUGUCAAACUUUCUACUGUUGAUAUACAAGAUGCUUAUGAACAAACUUUAGAGAUAAUGAAGAAGCUACAGAAGGAGUGUUGUCUAGUCCAUGCUGAUUUAUCAGAGUUUAAUCUAUUAUGGCACGAUGGCAAGGUCUGGGUAAUAGACGUUGGACAAGCUGUAGAUCUGACACAUCCCCGAGCUAACGAAUUUCUCUACAGAGAUUGUAGUAAUAUAACUAAGUAUUUUAAGAAGGAAGGAGUUGUAGGAGUUUGUUCCCCUGAACAAUUAUUUAACAAGAUAACUGGUUGGGAGGUAAAGGGGACGGGAGUUGAUUUUCUCUCUCAGGUAAUUUCAAAUUUUCCUCAAUGCUCACUGCAUUGGAUUGCUGGUCUUUAUUUGUCUAAAACUGAAGCAGAGAUGUAG